UCAGUUUCCGUUCUUUCAGUGUUGUGCUAGUGACUUUGUAUAGUGCUGUAUAGCGUGUGAGGCUUGGAACUUUACCGUGGAAUACAUUUGUUUUUAAACUGUUAUUAAUAAGUGGUGAAAUAAUUUGGAGUGAUACACUUUUUUUGGUUGCAGGAAUAUCUAAAAAAAAUCUACUUGUUUAAAUUUCUUCUGGAUUUCGGUUUUUUAAUACUUCGAUCAUUAAUUUUCAUAACAAACGAAUGCAUUAUCUUUAAAAUGAUGAACAUCUGAAGAUUUAUCCAAUCUACCUGCGUCAAGAAACCUGAUCAACCAACACCAAACAUCUGAUACUAAAGUGUCGAACAAAAAACUGCAACCAUUCCGUCGCCAACCACUCCAACCACCACCAUGACCACCUCCUCAGGUGGGUGUCCAGCCUACCCGGGGCUGGACGACUCGGCCCACCUGGAGAAAGCCUCACACAACUCAGAGAACUCUGACGACAGCGGCGUGGUGGAUUAUAAAGAUCCUAAGGUGAGAGACCUGAUAGUUACACUCCCCUGUUGCUGCUGCCCUGAUGUAGGUAACCCAGCUCAGAGUGUUCUAGAACAGAACAGGAUUAUGUUGACCGGCCAGAUGUCAUGUGACAUACUGUUUAUAUGUGGAGAGAAGAAGGAGAGGAUUGGGGCACAUAAGUACGUGCUGAUGACCCGUAGUGUGGUGCUCAAGCAGAUGAUCAUAGGGGCUGAGGAUAAGAAGGAGUUUGUUGUGGCGGACAUUCCAGGGGAUUACUUCUGGGAGAUGCUAAGACAUAUAUACUGUGAGGAGCAGAGACUAGAAGUGCAGAGUGUUGUGGGCAUCUUGUACGCAGCUGACCAGUACGACCUGCCAGUCCUAAAAAAAUCCUGUCUAGAUUACCUUCAUGCUUGCUUAGAUAUAAACAAUGCUUGCUACCUGCUGAAUGAAACAAACCAUUAUGGCUACCCAGAAGAAGAGAAAACCAUCUUAACUUUUAUAAGGAAAAAUGCUGAAGAUGUUUUCCAGACUGUUGGGAUGAACCUACUAUCAAAGAACUUGUUAAACAUGGUCCUGACCCUGCCUGGUCUAGACGUUGAGGAAUCUCUAAAACAGGAAGUGGUGGACAGGUGGACAAAGUACCACAACAGUGAGGCUAAAGAGGAGAUCAAUGAAGAGACAGUCUUGGACUCCAUACAGGACUGUGACUAUGUGUACAGGGAUGAUGCUGCCAGUCACAGGUACAUCUUAAACAGUUUAACUACACAAAAAUUGUUUGGGGAGCGUGAAGACCCGCUGGCAAUGCCUGCGCCAGAGGCACAGAGAACAGAUGAAGUUGACAAGAUGUCCACCAUGUCCAGCCUGAAGUCAAGGUCUUCUGUGUACACCUACUCUAAGAUUCAUUGCUGUAACAUGUGGCCAGAUUUUGAGCAAGUGACCAGAUUUUUAGAAGUUUACAAGUCAGAUACAAAUAAGAACCAAGUGGAUGCCAUCACAUUCUCUGUGGACCAUGACCUAUAUUUCUAUGGCUUUGGAAUUUAUGGACCCAAAAAUGGCGGAGAGGGAAAGUUCGGUAUUGAUAUCGUUUUCUACCGCAAGAGAAAAGAUAUAGUUCUUGAGACAAUAAACAUUAAGGGUGCUGGUGUCAUACUGCCUGUCAUGUUUGAGCGCCCCAUUAAAAUUGACAAGAACGUGCCGUACACCUUAGAGAUCUACAUCCGUGGUCCCGAAUCCCACCUGGGAACCAGUGGCCAGACCACGGUCCACAACGGAACUAUGUUGUUUACCUUUAGCAACCCACCCAAGGUCAAGCAGAACAGAUCCAGUGUGAGAUCAGGACAGAUUCCGAGGAUUUAUUUCAUGCCCAGAAAUAAAUGAUAUACGCUGGAUGAUGAUUGACAACAAGAUCUUGUUGCAGCUGAAACUUUGUACUUGUUGAUCAAUAGAUUUGGCCAGGUGUAGUUUAGCUCAUGUAAUUAACACGAUACUAAUGAGUUGUUAAUUAUUUGAAAGCGUUAUAGUAUAAAAAAUAUUUUACAUUGUCCACUUAAAACUGUUAGUAGAUUCUUUUGUGACAGUUGUUUUUAUUUAGCUUCUCAGACUAUAGAGUAGCCAUGUAGCUCACUUAAAAAAAAUAAUACCUGUUUAUAAAAUUUUUUGAAAAAAAUUAAUGUGUAUGCUAAAACUUUAAUAUUACUUAUUUCUGGAUUUUUAGUAAAUGUGUUUUAUUAGAUCAGUUAUUGUUUAAGUGCUUAAACUCUUUUUUUUUUUGCAUUGUUAGUAGCUACAUAUGUUGGUAGUGACCUUCUUCACUUCUGAUUAGAAAGUUUUUUUUUUUUGAGGAAUAAAUAGAUUUUUUUCUUCUUGAUUCUUAUUAUGAACAUUUAAAAAAAAAUUGUAUUGUGUAGUUUUCUAUCUCAGUAAUUAUAGCAAAAGUUUUGUUCUAUAAUAAAACCAAUAAGUCUGCGGGUUAAGUUGUUGAACCUUGUGAGCAACAAAAUUUAGUGCUGCAGUUUUCAAUAAAAUUAUUUCAUUUUUUUUUAAACAAGUUGAGCUUGUGGUUGCAGGUUGUUCAACCCAAGUGUAAAAACUAUUACGGAAGUAAUUCACCAUGCAAUAUACGGUGAUGGGCAUUCAAGUUUACCAUCUGUUUAUUUAUUUGAGAAAAUGAAGACUUGUUGUACAUAAUUUAAUUCUAGUCCUUGUACAUACAAUUUAGCACAAAGCAUUUAUAAAGGUGAUGUUUUUUUUUUUAAAUUGUCUCUUUGGGUUGCUGGUUGUUUCUUACUUACCUUGUACGUUAUAAUUUUUUUUUCCUUGUUAAAAGCAAAUUGACAUGACAUUUUAUUUUGGUACAUUUUCCGUGUACAUGUGGUUUGCAAGUAAUUUAAUUAAAUAUAAAACUGCAUUUAGAUAUAAAGGUCAUUUCCAAUAUUAAAAAUAUGAAUAAAAUUUUGUUUUAUGUGCUUGUUCUGUACAUAUUCUGUGUGCCUUUAAUUUUGUACAUACCAAUAUUUUUGUGAAAGACAAUUGAAGUCACUCAGUAACUUAAAUAUUUUUUCUAGUUUAUGUUGUGAAAUAGUACUCUUACCUACAAUCAAAUAAAAUUGUUACUUAAAAAAAAAUAUAAACAAAAUGUGUACUUGAUUUGAAUGUUCCAAAUAUUAUACUCUAAUUAUUCUGUUUGUUGUGAAGAUGUGAUCCAAAUACUCAACGUUCCAUUCCUUGUAAUUUGAAAUCAAAUGUUUACCGAAGUAAUAAAAAUGUUAAAUAACCUUCACGAGGUGUACAUUCCAUGCAUGUGUAAAAUAUAUCACCUAUAACUUGUGUACAGUUAUGUAACGUUUAAUUUUUGAUUCCACUUUAAAUGUUAACUUAUUGUAAACGGUGAGUUUUUAUUGUACUUAAAUAUUUGUAGAAGGUGCCUACAAUUUGUUACUCUUGUUUCUAUCAGCUAAGUCUGUUGUGACCCUUUCAGGAUGCCAUCCUGUGAUAUGUUUGUACACUGGACUUAUUAGGUACAUUAAACAGUUUAAAAAAGCUCA